GUGUUACUGUUUAUUCGUCGUUCGUGUUUGGUGCUAAUAGUACAGCUUUAUUUACUGGAAUUCUUAUUAUUUAAAAAAUAAAAAUUAAUACAACAUGCAUUUUAAGAACGCCAUUAUUGUCUGCGCGGUGUAUUUCUUAACGUCGGCAUGGAGCAUCGGACUUAACAGUGAUCAAUUGAUACAGGCAAAUAAACGGUUUGAAACUGACAAUAAGUGUAAGAAUGGAAUUUGCGAGGAGGAAUUCAAAAAAUUCGUGACAGAAUACUUUGGAAUAGCAUGGAAACGUCCUCAACAUUUAGGAUACAAUUCGACUGAUUCCGAUUGUAUGAAUGUAUGUCGUUUAUUGAAGAAGUUGGCGACAAAAGACAAAAGCUCCGACAAACUCAAGGAUAAAAUACUCACGCCAUUAGAAGUAAAAUUGUACGUGGAUGAGUUCAUGAAAGUCGCCCGAUCUCAUGAACAACCGGGAUAUCUUACUCUGCGACAGCUAUCAGAAGUAUUUAAUUAUUGGAAACCGAUGAAUGAUACAUUGAAACAAAAAUCAGAACAUCUUAAAAGCGGAAAAGGCGAAGGCUAUGUAUUGUACGUGGCGGAGUUCUUGUUGAUCAUGUUGGAUAUUAAACAACCAGGCAAAGGUCUGACCAUAGCACAAAUAAAAAAGUUUGGUAUUUUGUACGAUGCACAUAAGACUUCUCAUAGCAUUAAUCCUAAGGAAAGUGAAAAAGUGUUCAAUGAUCUUGGUAUAACCGUAAACGACGAAUUGAAAUCGCUAUUUAAACCGGAUAAACCCGUUGGAAUAUUGUUGAUGGAUUUAAUCAUGGCUGCGGCAGAACGCAAAGAGAUGUUAAUGGAGAAUGAUUUGAGAGUGAUAAGUCCAAGCGAGGUUAUGUAUGCCAGAAACGACUUUAACGAAUAUGACGUUAGUAAAGACGGUGAACUGUCUCCUAAGGAGUAUGCCGAGUUCAAGGAAUACUUAAACCUUAUUUCAAAAUCAACGGGACAGUCGUCAGUUCUUAUUGAAGAAAGGCGACUUAAUUUAGAGAAUUUCGAUGGUAUUGAAAAAGUAAACUUUGCGGAAUUCUUGGAAACAGUAUUGAUUGUUGAAAAACAUGAUAGCGCAGAAGACUCUAUGUCAUCAGGUGAUGGUUCCUGUAGUGAUGAAUCGCAGUAAUAAACAAUAUUAUUUGGACAAUAUUCAAUAACC